UUGGGCAAGAGGAAGUUUCGCACGCUCGGCCCGCGCCCGCCACCCGCGAGGAGAGAACAGUGGGGGACCCUGCGCGGCGCCCGGGAGGGACCUGUGCCGGCCUCGGCUUCCAGGCGGGCAAGGCCCGAGCGGCGGGCGGCGAUGAUCCCCGAGGAGAGGACGGACGACCCGGGCUCCGGCGAGGAGAGUGCGCGGCUGCAACCGGCCGGCAGCGUUCGCAAGGGCCGUGACCCCCUGGCACAGACACCGCGCGGCCGCCUGCAGAGCCGCAGGGCCCAGGUCCACCAGCAGAUCAAUAAGGAGCUGAGGAUGCGGACAGGCGCGGAGAACCUGUACAGAGCCACCAGCAACGCCUGGGUCAGGGAGACAGUGGCCCUGGAGCUGAGCUACGUCAACUCCAGCCUGCAGCUGCUGAAGGAGGAGCUGGAGGAGCUCAACGGCAGUGCGGAGGUGGACCGGCCGGAGGGCGAAGGUGUCAGUGUCCCUAUGAUCCCCCUGGGGCUGAAGGAGACCAAGGAGCUGGACUGGUCCACACCCCUGAGGGAGCUGAUCUCUGGGCACUUUGGAGAGGACAGUGCCUCCUAUGAGGCCGAGAUCAGGGAGCUGGAGGACCUGCGGCAGGCCAUUCGGACCCCCAGCCGAGGCGAGGCAGGCCUAGAGCUGCUCAUGGCCUACUACAACCAGCUCUGCUUCCUGGACGCACGCUUCAUCGCCCCCACCAGGAACCUGGGGCUGCUGUUCCAGUGGUAUGACUCACUCACGGGAGUCCCGGCCCAGCAGCGGGCCCUGGCCUUUGAGAAGGGCAGCGUGCUUUUCAACAUCGGGGCCCUCUACACCCAGAUCGGGGCUCGCCAGGACCGCUCCUGCCCCGAGGGCACCAGGCUCGCCAUCGAAGCUUUUCAGAGGGCUGCUGGUGAGGGCAGCCUGGCCCCCAGCCCCACGGCUGCAGUUGUGCGGAGGAGGGGUGGGGGGAGGUGGGUUAGCACUCCAAGUGUGUGGGGCAGAGCAGAGACACACACAGGCCCUUUCUGGGGGUGGGGGCGGGGCCAGGUAGCCCUUUCCUCCUGCUGUGAGCGCCCCUCCACAGGGGCCUUCAGCCUCCUGAGGGAGAACUUUUCCCGAGCACCCAGCCCCGACAUGAGCCCGGCCUCGCUCUCCAUGCUGGAACGACUCAUGACUGCCCAGGCCCAAGAAUGCAUCUUUGAGGGCCUCUUGCUGCCGUCCACCGAAGCCCCCCAGGGUUGCCUGGCCCAGCUGCGCCUGGCUCAGGAGGCUGCCCAGGUGGCAGCUGAGUACAGGCUGGUGCACCAGACCAUGGCCCAGCCACCUGUCCGCGACUACGUGCCCUUCCCCUGGACCACCCUGGUGCGUGUCAAGGCUGAGUACUUCCGCGCCCUGGCCCACUACCACGCGGCUGCGGUGCUCUGCGACAGCCCCCCAGCGGCCGAGGUGGACUGCCCAGCACUCUCACAGGCCUUCCUUGGGCUCCCAGCCACACCUGGGCCCCCGGGCGCCGCACCCCAGGAGCAGGAGGGGCGCAGGAUGCUCGGCAAGGCCCACCUGAAGCGUGCCAUCCUGGGCCAAGAGGAGGCCCUGCGGCUGCACGCCGUGUGCCGUGCCCUGCGGAGCGUGGACCUACUGCAGGCCGUGCUGGCCCAGGCCCUGCGGUGCUCACUGGCCAGGUACUCGGAGCUCGACCGAGAGGAUGACUUCUUGGAGGCCACGGAAGCUCCCGACAUCCCACCUAAAACACAGCAGAAGCCAGAGAUCAGGGCACCCAGCUUCUCCAGGGUGAAGGUGACCGAUAUCUUCCACCGGCUGGGGCCCCUGUCCGUGUUUUCAGCCAAGAACUGCUGGCGGCUGGUGGGGCCCGUCCACGUGACCCGGGGAGAGGCUGGCUUUGGCCUCACGUUGCGGGGAGAUGCGCCCGUCCUCAUCGCUGCUGUCAUCCCCGGGGGCCCGGCCGCGGCAGCUGGCCUGCGGGAGGGUGACUACAUCGUGUCCUUGAACGGGCGGCCGUGCAAGUGGUGGAAGCACGCAGAGGUGGUGGCGCAGCUGAAGGGCGUGGGCGAUGAGGGCGCGAGCCUGCAGGUGGUCACGCUGCUGCCCAGGGCGGAGCCACCCAGCACGGGGGAGCACCGGCCGGCCCUGGGGGCGCUUCUGAGGGGCCAGAAGGAGUGUGGGCGGGGGCCGCCAGCUCCUGGGCGAGCCAGCCCCAGGCCCCUCCUUGGCUGGAGCCGCAAGGCCAAGAGGGGCAAGACCAGAGGGAGGCUGUCCCCACACCCCUGAGCUGUGUGCCGCCCUCCCCCUCCUGCCCAGGGUGGUGGCGAGGGGCCAGCUCCCCCCAUGGCCCUCUCCAUCCUGAAGGACUUUUGGGCCAGUUUGCUGCCCCACCUGGUGCCCGGAGCUGCCCAUUAAAGACCGAGUCAGAUGA